AUGUUAACAAUGAAAGACUACAAAAUAGUCAAUGGAAUGUCGAACAAAUACUGGGGUUGGGGUCUGGAAGACGAUGAGUUUUUCCUUAGGAUAAGGGAUGGAGAUCUAAAUCUCACCCGUGUUACGAAUCUCUCCACUGAUCGCUCAAACACAUUUCUUCAUGUGCAUGGUGUGGAACGCAAGCGAGAUUACGCUGUUGUUACAAAAGAUCAAAAGGCGAUGAAGAGAAAGAGAGAUUAUGUAUCCGGAUUGAACAGCGUGCGCUAUAACAUCACAGCACGGCGAACUCUCACAUUUGGAAAUGCUCGGGUACAUGUGAUUGAUGUAAGUCUGCACUGCGACAUGAAAUGGACUCCUUACUGCAAACUUCCUAAACGAUAG